AUGAACCCAGAUGACCAGCAGAGCAAGAAAAAUCUACUGCGAGCGUACAUCAAGAGUUAUUUCUUGUCCUUUCUUUCUCCAGUCAUACCGCGACUAUGUCUCUCAGUGUUCACGUUCGCCCAGCCAUUUCUCAUCAACACCACUGUGAGCUUCGUCGGCCAAGAGAAGCCUGAUGCCAACUUCGGUAAAGGGCUUAUCGGCGCAUGGGCUCUGGUUUACCUGGGCAUCGCUGCAAUCAACACUCGAGAGGCAGACACGGGCGACAUAACUGCAGUUGCUCUUAUGGGCACUGACGUAGAGCGCAUUCACAUGUCAAUGUCUGUGUUUCACUUGCUCUGGAGCUCAUUGCUUGAUAUCAUCAUUGCAAGCUGGCUUCUGGGGCUUCAGCUCUCACUUGCGUGCCUUGCUCCUAUCAUACUGGUUAUUGUCUUCAUUGCCGCGAUGUCCAAGGUCUCGGUGGCCACCAACACAGCUCAAAAGCACUGGAUUGAAAAGAUACAAGAGCGCCUUCGAGUGACCACAACAAUGCUCAGUGAGAUGAAAGCUGUGAAGAUGCUAGGACUCACUCAAGUCAUGUCGAACAUGGUCCAGAAUCACCGCACCGACGAGAUCGAGACGUCGAAGUCUUUCAGGAAGUUGUUGGUAGCGACAUUAUUGCUUUCCCUGAGCCCAAUCAAUCUUGCCCCUAUCGUGACCUUCGGUAUCUACGUCAUCAUCUCCGUUUACUGGAAGAACGAUACCCUGUUGCCGGCGCAGGCAUUCACGUCAAUUGCUUUAAUAUCUUUGCUAACUACACCGGUCGUUGCCUUCAUUCAGAUCUUGCCCAUGGUCGUUCAAUCGUUAUCCUGCUUCGAUCGCAUCCAAGAUUUCUGUAAUUACAGCUCUCCAAGAAAGACCGAAGAUCAGCCUGUCAACCCAUCUUCCUCAAAUUCCCAGACAGCUUUGCCAUCGAGGAAAGAGCCUACAGAGCUACCACAGUCAAGCAAUCCCUAUCAAGAACCUAUUUUGUCUUUCAGCGGUGAAAGCUUUGGUUGGAAGGAAGAGCAGAGUUUACUUCAUGAAAUCAACGUUCAAAUCCAGCCCAAUACUGUCACGACCAUAGUGGGGCCUGUUGGAAGCGGAAAGUCAAAUCUCCUCAGCGCCAUGCUGGGCAACAUGAUCAGAACAUCGCCGAUGAUGACGAACAAAUAUGGAGAUGAAAUAGGCUGCAGUGGAGAGACCGCAUACUGCUCGCAAACUCCAUGGCUAGAGAAUGGAACAAUUCGACAGAACAUUCUCGGUGUCUCAGCCUACGAAGAGAAAGAUAGGAUCAUGGGCCUAGCCGAUAGCAUCAUCUCGCUGGACGGUGGCAGAGUGCGAGAAAUAGGCAGCCCCAUGGACCUAGUGCAAGGUCAAGGCUACGUCAGCAAGCUCGGGCUCAAGUUAUCCCCUGACGAAGAUGUUGCCAAUGAUUCCGCAUCCUCUGUUGAGUCUGAGGUUUCUGAGAAGAACCAAGGAGAAACGUCUGAAAUGGAGAAUCCCAGAGAACAGAAGCACACGGAUGUCAGACGGAAGAACGGCGAGAAGGCAGUCUACCUUUACUACUUGAAAAGUGCAGGCUGGAAGGCUAUUGUCAUGUACACGGCAGCUGUCACAUCAUGGUAUUUCUUUUCGGAAUUCUCCACCGUUUGGGUCAAAUGGUGGUCCGAGUCAAAUUCUUCUAAUGCAAACCAGGACGUCGGAUAUUUCAUGGGUAUCUAUGCCUUGUUCGGGGUUUUGGGAACACUUAGUUCCUCAAUCGCCGCCUGGUUCGCAUUCAUCGACAUCAUAUCUAACACAGCAUUGAAAUUGCAUUCAGACCUUCUUCAGACUACUGUUUCGUAA